AUGGAUGACGUUACGGUUACACGGGUCCUCUCAAGUCGACUUGCUGGCUGUGUUCCAAAGAAUUAUGCUCGCAGUAUUAGAACGGCGACUGCUACCCGUGCAGCGCCAUCUACAGAGGACGCUGAAAAACAGAGUCCGCCUGAGUUCAGAAGACGCCUUGACCUCCCUGACUCUGCCACAGUUGUAUAUCCAUUGUCUGAGACAGUUUCUGCCCUGCUUGCUAGCUAUCUACACCCAGAAGGACCAGAUAACAGAGAGCAAGCAAUUGUUUCCUCACUCAAACAACUGCUUUGGCACUCGCCCAAGCACUGGGAUAUUUCCAUCAGAGGCGUGGUCGUUGUGCGCAAUGAGAGUGUUGUUGCCAAAGUGAUUACAGGUGAUAUCAGUGACACUACGGAAUGCACGACCACGCAAAACCUUGCAGAGCGCGCGCCUGACAUCCCUGCCCCCAGAACCCACUGCUUAAUCAGAUUCGGACCCUUUCGCGUUAUCUUUAUGUCAUAUAUUCCAGACAUGACAUUGGCACAGGUUUGGCCCAGUCUAUCACACAAGGAGAAAGUCUCAAUACAACAACAGCUAAAUGAUAUCUUCUGCAGAAUAAGGACCCUUCACAAGGACGAUGGCAAUGAACUUAGAGGUGUCAAUGGGGAGGGCGUGAAAGAGUACCGUGUCGAUGAAUGUGCUCGCUGGAAAGGUAUCUCCACAGUCAGAGGGUUUAGUGACCUACAAUUCUCAGCAUGCCACCACGGCAGCAAGAUAUAUAUCAAAUUCCUCCGUUCUUUCCUUGCAGAUAAGAGUGCUACCGUGCACGGAUCUGUGUUUACUCAUGGUGAUGUAAGAAGGGAGAACAUUACAGUGAAGCGGAAUCCAUUUCAACAACGCCUAUGUGGUCACUGGUAUUAUCGACUGGGAGGAUAG